GCGAUCGGGACCGGGAGAGUCGGGCCUGCUGCGCCGGAGCGGAUAGAGGCCCGUCUGCGAGAAACUCUAAUCCGGCCCGCUGCGCAAGACCCACCGGGCCACACAUACACAGUCAAGGGUGAGCGAGGCACGGAGCCAUCCCGAGCAAACAUUACCCCCAUUCUGACAAUAAACCGGAAUAAAACUGAAGUGUUUUGAACUGCUGUCAUGGCAAUGACUGCUAAACUAAAAGAAAUAGUCAGUCGGAAUAAGCGGAGGUACCAGGAGGAUGGAUUUGAUUUGGACCUCACUUACAUAUACCCUAACAUCAUUGCCAUGGGCUUUCCAGCCGAACGAUUGGAAGGUGUUUACCGAAACAACAUUGAUGACGUUGUCCGGUUUUUAGAUUCCAAGCAUAAGAAUCAUUAUAAAAUUUAUAAUCUAUGUGCUGAACGACACUACGAUGCAUCUAAAUUCAACUGUAGAGUGGCACAGUAUCCCUUCGAGGACCACAACCCUCCACAAUUGGAAUUAAUAAAGCCCUUCUGCGAGGAUCUCGACCAGUGGCUGUCCGAGGAUGAGAACCAUGUGGCUGCCAUCCACUGCAAGGCAGGCAAAGGUCGCACAGGUGUCAUGAUAUGUGCCUAUCUGCUGCAUCGCAAGAAGUUCGCAGAGGCUCAAGAGGCACUGGACUUUUAUGGGGAAGUCAGAACCAGGGAUAAAAAGGGGGUGACAAUUCCCAGCCAGCGCAGGUAUGUGUAUUACUACAGCUACCUGCUGAAGAACAAGCUGGACUAUAAACCCGUUGCCCUCCUCUUCCAUAAAAUGGUGUUCCAGACUUUGCCCAUGUUCAGUGGGGGCACCUGCAGGGACAGUACUGUUAAAAACAGGAGUGAGGUGAAUCCCCAGGGCUUCAAGAAAGGCAGCUGGCACUGGGACCCUCAGUUCGUAGUGUAUCAGUUGAAGGUAAAGAUCCACACGUCAAAUCCAGCCCACACGCGAAGGGAAGAGAAGCACAUGAUCUUCGAGUUUCCUCAGCCGCUUCCGGUUUGUGGCGACAUCAAGGUGGAGUUUUUCCACAAGCAGAGCAAGAUGAUGAAGAAGGAUAAAAUGUUUCAUUUUUGGAUAAACACGUUCUUCAUCCCGGGGCCUGAGGAAGCAGGGGACAAAGUGGAGAACGGGUCGGUGGUGAACGACGUGGACAGCCUGUCUUGUCAGAGCCAGAGUUCACCGGCGGAACGGGACAGGGAGAAGGAGAGAGCCGUCGCAGCGGCUGCACUCGACAGAGAAAGAGGAGAGCAGCGAGCGGAUGGGGAAAAAGACUACUUGAUUUUGACCUUAACGAAGAACGACUUGGAUAAAGCCAACAAAGAUAAGGCUAACCGAUAUUUUUCACCCAACUUUAAGGUCAAAUUGUAUUUCACCAAGACCGUGGAGGAGCCCUCAAACUCAGAAGCAAGCACUUCAACUUCUGUCACUCCGGACGUGAGUGAUAAUGAACCCGAUCACUACCGUUAUUCAGACACCACUGAUUCUGACCCGGAAAAUGAACCUUUUGACGAGGAACAGCACGCACAGAUUACAAAAGUCUGAACUUAUAUUGGCAUCAACACACACUUACAUACAAACAAAACAAAUACAUGCCGGACAAAAAAA